UAUUGUUACAGUCAAAGCGGCAUGCCGAAUAUAACAUCUACGUAUGAUUCAAGAUCAUACGAUGCUGUCUAGGCCUCGGACAUUGCAGGUCAGGCACCCAUGAAACCAACAUUCAAGUGCUUAUUCAUUUAUGUGCAAGGGCCAAGGACUCCGACGGAGCAUGGGUUGGGCCAUACCCAAGCUUACCUUCAGUAUACGUGAAGUCGUUAGCGAUAAACUUUAUAAAGGGGGCAGGCGCAUUCAUAGCCAGCAUAGGUCACUGUCAUGGAGGCAGCUGUUCUCAUAUCACGUGCACCAAUAUUAUCAUUUAGUCCGCCAAUUGAUCUCUUGUCAUGUGGGAGCACGUGGUACAGUCGUUAUUGAAUCUCAAUUCCCGUAUAGGUCAACAUAUAUGAUGUAUCAUUCGAAGCCCACGAUUCGGAGCUCGGAGAUAUUGUGGUCAAGCCUUCUGCCAGGGGUAAUAAAUCCAAGAAUUGCCAAUAAGCGGAUACCGAACUCAUGUCCGUUCGAGAGUGGAGAGACGAGAUUGCCGAUCGCCUCGGGACCUGGACGAACGACAAGCGGUGCGACCAUGAGAAAUUACUAGAUCUCUGGUCGUCAUGAAUUGAGGUACAUAUGGCUGAGAGGGAGAAUUUGAAAGAUUCUGGUGAGCGAGGCAGGAUAGUCCGGUUUAUAAAGGACCGGCCCUUGAUAAUUCGAGUAUAAUUCAGUAGAAUUUAAAUAAACCACGACCUCCCUAGGGCGCCGCUAUCCGGUAAGGGGAGCUGUCCGCGGGGGCUUCCUUGCCAGCAGAUUUUGAGAGGAAUGUUGGUAGAAAACGGGGAUACACAACACAGGCUUUAAGACAUCCCCUACAUCCUUGGCAAGGAUGCAGACUAUAACAAGUGUCUCCAGAGCAAAUGACGAU